AUGAAUAUUAACUCAGAAAAUAAUGGAUAAGCUUCAGAGACUGCAGCUUCCAGUACUUCCGUUGGAGAGGGGACUUUCGGCAAAGUCAAACUUGGAAAGCACAUUUUAACUGGAGAGAAGGUUGCUGUUAAAAUACUUGAAAAGGAUAGAAUAUCUGAUAUGGCUGAUGUGGAGAGAGUAGCAAGGGAAAUUCAUAUUUUGAAGAUGAUCCGACACCCAAAUAUAAUUUAGCUUUACGAGAUUAUUGAGACUUCUGGCUAGCUUUAUUUGAUAAUGGAGUAUGCUAGCGGGGGUGAAUUAUUCGAUUACAUCGUAGCUAAGGGCAGAGUUAAAGAAUAAGAAGCUUGCAAAUUUUUCUAGUAAAUAAUUGAUGGUGUAGAGUACUUGCAUAAGCUAAAUGUAGCUCACAGAGACCUCAAGCCUGAAAAUCUCUUGCUAGAUCAAAAUAAAAACAUCAAAAUCGUCGACUUCGGACUAUCUAAUACUUACAAAGUGGGCGAGACAUUGCAAACUGCUUGUGGAAGUCCUUGCUAUGCAGCCCCGGAGAUGAUUGCUGGACAGCGUUACGUUGGCUCUAACGUCGACAUAUGGUCUUGUGGUGUUAUAAUGUUCGCUCUGAUAUGUGGCUAUCUGCCGUUUGAGGACCCAAAUACAGCCAAUCUGUAUCAGAAAAUAUUGAAAGGCGACUUUUAGAUACCACGAUUCGUAUCCAAAGAAGCUGCUGACCUCAUGCGUCAUAUCCUCUGCACAGAUCCUGAGUAGCGUUACAAAAUUGACGACAUCAGGCGACACAGAUGGUACAACUAAGGUCAGCCUCAGGAGAUCAUAGAGAUGGCAAUGGCUAAGCAAGGUUUGAUCAUUGGUGUUAACUCAAUUCCAGUCAACAAAAAAAUCCUUAGCAUUCUUGAGGAGAAAUAUAAUUUCCGAAGAGAUAUCGCCAAGAAGUGUCUGCUUAAAAAUAAGCACAAUCACAUCACAACAACUUAUUACUUGCUCUAUCAAAAAUAUGAGCGUUUAGGUAUGCUCUCAAAAGAAGACGAACUAGAUCUCUUAAGUGAUGAGGAUCUUGAUUAUCCAAUUCACUCCAAGAAGAUGUCACCAAAUGCCCAACAGUAAACUUCCACUUUGCAGAAUUCUGAACAAAAAUCAUCGAUUCCCGAUAUCAGUCCAAAUGCUAAGCUGAGUUAAACUUAGAGAAUUGAUGUUCAGGAGAGAUCUUUGGUAGGUCCAUCUCCAAAUGUAGCUAAUUCUUAGGAAAGACCUAUUCAAAGCAAGCUGAAUUAGAUUUCAUCUCAAAAUCAGAGCAAUAAUAAUCAAGUUCACCAAUUAGAGCCAUCGAUACAUCAAAAGCUAAUGGAUCAAGAACUAAACACUGAUAGAGGCAGUAGUACAAUUCCACUGGUUAACAAAAAGAUUUCAACCUCAUCAACUGGAGGUUCUCAAGAGCGCCCGGUUAAAUAUCAUAUCAAGAAUGCUCCUCCAGUCAACCCACAAAAAUAAAAUAAUGUGGUGAGAAUCAAUCCUACUUAGCAAAACAAUCCUGUAAAGAGACCUCCAGUAGAUCCAUCAACUAGUGCUGAGAGAUCAAAGAAUUAGAUUUUCUUGGAUAAUUCGAGGGCUGAAUAGCAAGCUGGCUUUAAUAUCAGUUACGAAAACUCAUUCAGUGCUAUCAAGAGAGAUAUCAUGAAGGAAACCGUAGAUAAAAAGAAAGCUAAACUUGCGAUUAAUUUAUAGUUUGACCCGAUUGAUGAAAAACCAGGCGUCCAAACCACCAGAUAAAAGCAUGGCAGCAAUACCUCUAAAGUUAGUGGCAAUAAUAAAAGCAAAGAUACCUAAUCUAUCAAUGAGUACUUGAGCAAAGCCAAUCCUAAUUAAUUUAAGAACCAUAAUAAUAAUGCUAACUCCUCUGUUUCCAGUAGUACAGCAACAUCACUCAGGCCUAAAACCUAGUAAAUUAAGAAAAACAACAUAAAUAUAAGCACUGGCCAUAAUACCAGUGUGCAGUAGACAUCGAAUAAUGUGUAAAAGUUCCUAUCUACUCUAGACUACAACUCCAACUAGUCGAAUUCGGCUAGAGUCUAAAGCAAUAGCAGUCAGAAGGCUCAAAUAUCAAUUCACAAGAAAGGAGCUAGCAUAAUUUCAAAUAACAGUAAUAAUCAGACGCCACUAAAUAACACGAUGUAAUUUAACCCAUUGAAUUCUAUGAUCACUAAUAACAAUAAUAACUCAAUGAUCUCAAAUGGAAACAAAAAUUCUACUAUUAAGCCACCUUAGAAUAAAGGUAAUUAAGGUAUAAUGAAUCCUAAGGCUACUGGAAUUAAGACCACCUCUGUAAGUAUAGUAGGAGGAGGGAUUCCUAAGCCUUAGUCAGUAGUAAAGAAUUAUGUUUCAGCUACACCAAAAUCUAAGAUUAGCAUUUCUGCUUCUUUGAAGAAUAAGACUAUUGUAUCAAAGAGUCCAAUGAGAUAGACCUAGUAAAUUAUUCUUCAAACAAGUCACAACUCUGCAAGGACCCAAGUUAAUAAUAAUAGUCCAAUUAGUGCUAACAAUGAACUUAGAAAAACCCAAAACUAAUCAUCUAGAGGAAAUCAAUAGUUUGCAGGCUAGAAUACAAAUAAUGCUGAUUUGAAAUCAAGUGUGAACUCACAAUAAGGAGGAAUGCGAGUAUCAAAGGGAGCAUUCAAUGUGAAUUGCUCAACCACAAGAGAGCCGUCCUAAAUCAUGACUGAAAUGUUUAGAUCCCUUGAGAUUCACUAAGUUCAAUAUAAAUAAGUAAGUUAUCUCAUUCUCAUUAAGCUAAUCUAUAGUUAAAUACCUACGGCUUAAGAUGCUCUAGAAAUGAUGUAAAGUUUGAAAUAGAAUUGA